UUGAGUAAAUGUGUAACUCCUCAUGGUUUAUCGCCCAGCUCUCUCUCUCUGUCUGUUUGUAUGUCAGGGCAGAGCAUAGCAGAAACCAAAAAAUAAGAACCUCAUCCCCUGAUAAAAGAAAAAGAUAUUAAAUAAAACCCCUUUGGAGGAGGACGAUUUUGAAGUUCUUAGGAGCUGGCCCUUGAUCUCUUCAACCAUGACUGGAGUACGGCAUCGCGUGACGCUGGCGGUGGUGCUUCUGUGUGUCUGUCUGUGGGGGACCACGGAUGCCGGGGUAGCUAAAGAACGCGAGCGAAUCGUGAGAAAGCCGAGGAAACCGGCCCCGACCCCCAGCGCCGUAGAACGGAGCCCAGGCGCACCACCGAUAGACAUGUCAAAGAUGUGGGGCAAGUGGUACCUUCUCAACCUGGCCUCAACGUGCCCCCACCAGCUACAGCAGGGCGCCUCCUCUGAGGCCACAGUCAUAAACCUAACCCCUCCUGAGCAGGAAUCCUCCCCAGUUUCUGUCAGCACCAAAACACGCUUUAAUCAUGAUUGUUGGGAGAUAUUACAGAAAUACUAUCCUACUAAAACGAAUGGACGCUACAUUCUUAAAGGAAAUUCUGUUUCUGAGCCCGGCACGGACGUUAUCAUUAUGGAGUUGGAUAAUGCUUAUGCUUUUAUCCUCUACCAUAAGAAAGGCAAGAUUACUGCCAAACUCUACGGUCGCUCUACAGUCAAUCUCUCCGAGCCCAUGUUGACCAAGUUUGAGACGCUUGCUCAGGAGAAGGGAAUGAGUUUGGCCUACCUCUUCCCCUUCCCCACCUUCGGUCACUGUGAUUCUGUAACCAAAGACCAUGUUAUAGAUUGCAUCCCUACGUGCUGAGGCCAGGCACACAAAGAUCCUACUCAACCCACUUCAUGGAGGACAUUAAAUAAAAAUUAGCUGAAUAAACAACUUCUAUUUCG